GUGUCAUAAACAACAACAACAAAGAAACUCGUAUUUGUUGAACAUGGUUUCGUGUAAAUUGCCUCCAGUCGAAUAAACGGAGGAUUCAAGGCGCUCCGCCGCUGACAAAAGAAGCUGAAGUGUUCCGGGAGACACAGCAGCUUCCGGGAGAGAUGGAGGAGCUCUACACCUUAGAGAGGGAGGUGGGACGAGGCAGUUACGGUGUGGUGUUUGAGGGCCGUAUGGCCAAAACUGGACAGAAGGUGGCUAUUAAGCGGCUGCCCUGCAGCAACCCAGAGUGUAUUGAACUCUACUUGCAAGAGCUGUGGGCCAUGAGAACCACAGCCAGGAACCACGUCAAUGUCAUUGCACUGCACAGCUGCCUCCUGCAGACGGGGUCCAGGAGUCUGAAGACCUUAAAACCAGGGAAACUGCCCCUGCGUCUGGUUGAGAGCGUGCUCAAAGGAAGUGUGGUCACAGCAAAGCAAAGUCAGGAAAGGACCAAUCCUCAGUCUAACACCAGGAGGAGGACAAACUCUGGCUCCAGACUGCAGGACAGGACUAACACUGUGCAGGCCAGAGCUCAUCUCCAUAACAAGGAUGAAUCAAAUGCAUCUGAUUCCACAACCCCUCACAGGCCUCAGCGCAGAGUCAGGAAGAGACCGGCCCCGGGGGAGGAAGAGCAGACUGCGCCGCUGCGCUGCUUGGCCCUGUGGCUCGUGAUGGAGUACUGUGAUGGAGGAGACUUGAAUCAGUACCUGCUCUCCAGGCCCCCAGAUGCUCAGCGUAACCACAGCGUGGUGCAACAGCUGUGCAGCGCCGUGGCCUUCCUACAUAGCCUGGGAAUCACCCACCGGGACCUGAAACCUGACAAUGUGCUGGUGUGUGUGACGCCAAAAGGCCCCGUCGUCAAGGUGGCAGAUUUUGGUCUGAGCAAAAUGAGUGAGGGCUCCGUGGAUGGCGGCCUGAGCAGACAGCACUUCUCCUCCACCUGUGGUUCGGACUUCUACAUGGCUCCAGAGGUGUGGGGCGGGCUGACCUACACGGCCCAGGCAGACAUAUUCUCUCUGGGCGUGAUGUUUUGGGCGGUCCUGGAGAAAAUCACCUUUCUGGAAAGAGGGACGACUCAGGAACAACUGGGCGCCUACGUGUGCAAGGGACGCUCAGGCUGGCUGAUGCCGCUGGGAGAGGCUCUGUGGGAGAAUGCAGAGCUCCAGCUGUGCAUCCCCAUGAAGUUUAAGAGAGCGCCCCCGCUGCCGCCCCCUCCCGGCCCUGCCACGUGCGCCCUGCUUUCAGAGAUGCUCGCCUCAAACCCGGACGCCCGGCCGACGGCCGACCAGCUGGGGGCCAGGGUGCGCUCCGCUCUGAGAGAGGACUCCCACUGACACAGAGUACACUUGAAAGACUGUAAUGGGCUGAACGACUGUAAGGAGCCCAGACUGCAGUUUGUCCUGUUUGUUUAAACAACGGGCACUUUGUUUCAUCCCUGCCUCAGAGAGGAAGGGAUGAUAAAUGUGUAUGAUUAUCUGGGAUUGCAGGUGCUAAUUUUCUCCCUGAACCACAAGCUCAGCUUCUAAAUCGUGUGCAAAGCCAUAUAAAGGGAAAACGGGAAUGAACUAGCAGAUCCUCCAGUGGGAAGCUGACACUGGACCCCUGUGAGUGGUGCAGAUAAACACAGUAUCAGGUCCAUGUAGAGAUCAGGUGGGGCUAACUGCAUCUCCUGUUUGCACUUGACACAGAAAAUCACUUGUAGUGUGUAAAUAUGGCUGAAUUGGCAUAAACAGGUUUGCUGCUCAGUGAGUCUUAAAGGUUUUUUAAUUCCACAUUAUUAUUAUUAUUAUUAUUAAUUUAGCCUAGGUAUGAGUCUAAUGAGCUAUAAGGACAUAAAAGUAGUUGCCUUAAAUCUAUAGCACAUCAGUGUAGUGUGGGUCGGACUACAUAAUGCUGUGUGUGCUGAAAUAACUCUGUGAUACUAUUAUUGUGUCUAAGCUGUAAUGUUUCAGUUUAUGCUGUUAUAUAUUUUCACAAAGUGUGUGUGGACAUGAUUUUAAUACUCAGUUUCACUCAAACGUUCUCACCUCAAAAAUCUUCAGAACAAAACGUCUAUUUAUUCUUCUGUUUUAGUGAAAUAUAACCUUUGUGUAUACGUCAGUUUGCUUACUCUCAGAGGCACUUAGCGUCUUUUUUCCUGCCUAUGUGCGUUCAAAUAUUAAUAUUUGAGUUUGUCAUUUGUAAAUAUUUCUUCAUCAUUUCACGUGUUUGCUUAGAGUUAGUGACGCCGUCAGCCGUUUACAGGAUUUUCAAACUUGUGUCAUAUCUGCUGCACAGCACGAGGCUCGCUGUGACGGACGGUCACUAACGUCUCCUCCUGAACAGGAAAUUAAAGCCAGGCAUGUGGAUUGUUGCUGAUCAUAUCCACGCAGUGUUCACACUGUUUAUUAGUGAUCAUCAGUCUCAGUCACAUGCGUGGACGAAUGAAGAUCGAUUAUAACAUCAACUGUGUCCUAAAUUUCUUGUUAAUCUCAUGUAAUUUAA